AUGAACUCAAGAACGUUUCGAGCAUUCACAUGGGAGGUUUCGGUAUACUUCGAGAGCAUCUCUGGAAAUCAAACGUUACUAUCAUGGCACGAUCCUGCUGGAAACUAUUCCAUGAGCCUCUUCAAGAAUGAAAACAACCAUAUCGCGUUCCAGGUGCGGACUGCAAACGAAACCUUGUUGGCAUUCGGAAGAAAUUCAUAUGGUGCCGGGAACUGGCAUCACUUGGCUGUGUCUUAUGACGGUGGCAUUGCCGGAGAGAUUCGCCUCUAUCGUCUUGACACAAGCGGAGCAGCCAUCACAAGAUCUGAUUGUCUCAGCGGUGUCUGUUUGACAGGGAAUGUGUCGGGAACAAUAGGAAGUCAAGGAUCUGGAUUUGGUGAUGGAAUCUUGUUGAGGAGCGGAACGACAAGUGGGUGCUCACAAGGCUUGAUCAUCAGUGCUGUCGGAGGCGGGAAGUGCAAAGCAGCAUCUGCGACAAUCAACAAUCGACCGUGCUUGAAUGCAUCGGAUUGCGGAGUUGACGGGCAAUGCAUUGUGGGAUAUGAUUUCAGUGCCGUUGUGACUAGUGUAGGACCGCUGGGUGAAAUUUCACAAGUGAAAAUCACAAACCCUGGUCGAGGAUAUUCUUCAAAUCCGAAGUUGAUUGUGAAUUCUGAUCUUUGCACAUGCAACGGAGCUCCGGGCAAUUCUUUCGGGAAUCUAGAUCCAUGCAUCAUUGCGAUUAGAAGCACUGGGAGAACCGAAAGAAAGUCAAAUUUCAGAUGGAUAAGAGAAGAUUCAUUUCCAGUCAGAUGGUCUAACCUCGCAGGAUGGGGAGAUGCUGGCGACACCAGCGGAUGCAGCGAGUCCUCUAGUGGCUCUUGUCCCUUCGUGUCGCCUAAAGUAGCGGGUUGGCGGUGGACCGUCGGGAUGGGUUUCGAGUGUAGCAGAUCUGCCUGCUCCCCGGGCAACUUCCUCAUCGGCUCCCUGGACGAGAUUCGCAUCAGCUCGACGGCUCUCGACCUGGAGGUGGAGUCCCUUUGGCAGCCGUAG